AUGACCGACCGCAGGCCGAUAAAAAUCCGAGAGGUAUGGUCCGAUAACCUCGAAUCCGAGAUCGAUCUGCUGUCGGAUCUUAUAGAUCGGUACCCGUUUGUAUCCAUGGACACCGAGUUUCCUGGCGUCAUCUUCAAGCACCAGGAUCUGGCCGGCAGCCGGCGCGGGAAGCCAUCGCCGUCGGAUCACUACCGGAUCCUCAAGUCGAACGUCGACGCCCUGAAUCUCAUCCAACUCGGCCUUACCCUCUCCGACGCCGACGGGAACCUCCCGGAUCUCGGGCCCGAGGGCGAGCUCUGCAUCUGGCAGUUCAACUUCUCCGACUUCGACGCGGCGCGAGACCCCCACGCGCCGGACUCGAUCGAGCUGCUCCGGUCGCAGGGGGUGGACUUUGAGCGCUGCCGGUCUUCGGGUGUGGAGUCGGCCCGGUUCUCGGAACUGAUGAUGGGUUCGGGCCUGGUGUGCAACGACGCCGUCAGCUGGGUAACGUUCCACAGCGCGUACGACUUUGGGUACCUGGUGAAGGUUCUCACGCGCCGCCAGCUGCCAGACAGGCUGGGCAGCUUCCUGGACGUUCUCAGGGCGUUUUUUGGCGAGAAGGUAUACGACGUGAAGCACCUGAUGAAGUUCUGCGCGAGCCUGUAUGGAGGGCUGGACCGGGUGGCCGAGGCCCUGGAUGUGGGCCGGGCCGUCGGGAAGUGCCACCAGGCCGGGUCGGACAGCCUGCUGACGUGGCAGGCAUUUCAGAAGAUGCGGGACCUGUAUUUUGUGAGGGAGGGCCACGAGAAGUACGCCGGGGUGUUGUACGGAUUGGAAGUGUUUUGA